AUGGCAGCCGCUACCUCGGAACUCCCCCGCGUGCGGGCCUGUCUGUUUGACAUGGACGGCCUCCUAAUCGACUCGGAGGACAUCUACACGGCGAUCACGAACCAGAUCCUGCAGGAACACGGCAAGCCGUUGCUCCCCUGGUCCAUCAAGGCCCAGCUUCAGGGCCGACCGCAGACCGAGGCCAGCAAGAUCUUCCACCAAUGGGCCCAACUCCCCAUCUCGGCGGAAGAAUACGCCGCGCGACAAGCCGCCCUGCAGCUCGAGAAGUUCGGUGACUCGCAACCGCUUCCCGGCGUGCGCAUCCUCCUGGACAAGCUGCUUUCGACGCAGUCGACCGAUCACCCCGUGCACAUCGCGCUAGCCACCUCGUCCCACGAGCGCAACUACCGACUGAAGACCGACCACCUGCAGGAUCUGUUUAGCGUGUUCCCCGAGUCGCAGCGCGUGCUGGGUGACGACCCCCGCAUCGGCAAGGGACGGGGCAAGCCCUUGCCAGAUAUCUACCUGCUGGCGCUGGAGACCAUCAAUACCAACCUGCGUCAGCGGGGAGAGACGGAGAUUAAGCCGGAGGAGUGUCUGGUUUUCGAGGAUGCGGUGCCCGGCGUGGAGGCCGGUCGACGAGCAGGCAUGCGGGUCGUCUGGGCCCCUCAUCCGGGACUGCUGGAGGCCUACCAGGGUCGGGAGGCCGAGGUGCUGGCGGGAUUGACCGGGGAGCACAAGGAGGAGGAGAAGUCGGCGUCAGAGAAGGACGCGGACGCAUUGACUGUCAACAGGCUACGGUCAUCCGGUAAACCGGGAGAGCUACACGAUGGGUGGGGAGAUUUGAUUCCUACGCUGGAGAACUUCCCGUACGAGAGAUAUGGUAUUCGACCUGCCUAA